UGCUCAUCAAUGCCACCUAUCACUGCCUUUCAGUGCGACCUAUCAGUGCCAGUCAGUGCCGCCUAUCAGUGCCAUCAGUGCCGCCUAUCAGUGCCGCCUAUCAGUGCCCGUCAGUGCCGCCUAUCAGUGCCAGUCAGUACCGCCUAUCAGUGCUGCCAAUCAGUGCUGCCUAUCAGUGCCAUAUAUAAGUGCUGCCUUUCAGUGCCCAUCAGUGAUGCCUGUCAAUGCCCAUCAGUGCCGCCUACCAGUGCCUCCUCAUCAGUG